AUGUCGACCGCUUUGCGUACUUCAUUUUCUAUGCAGAGUAUGGAAAGCCUCUAUUCGAAUAACAGCUCCAAGUUUUCGGCGCUCCAUCGACGCAAAGCUGCUGCUAGGCAACCGGCCAUCGUACUGACUUCAAAUAGCGAUGUGCGACACCGGGUGAUGUCAGCGCGCAUGCUGCGCUUCAAGCAGCUUCAAAAUCAGCUCGAGGUGGCGAAUCUUCAUAUUGCGGAACUGACGAAAGAUAAUCGCUUGCUGAAGGCUUUGCAAAAGCGACAAGAUUCCGCCUUAUCGAAGUACGAAAAUUCCAACGCUGAGCUGCCCAAACUGCUACAUUCACAUGCGGAAGAGAUUCGCACUUGGCAAACCAAGUAUCGGAAUCUGCAGAACCAGAACAAAGAGUUGAACAGCAAGCUGAAGGCUAAGGAUGCACAUAUACUCACCGUUACGGACCAGAAUAAGCACCUAGUGCAGCUCAAUAAGGAUAAACAUCUUGAAGAACGCGAAAGACUGGCAGAUAGGGUACGCUAUUUAGAAAACCGUAUGAUGGAAAAAGAUAACGAUGCCAAACUACUCGCUAGAAGACUCCAGCUGGAGACGAAAAAUUUUAAAGCACAACUGCAGCAAGAAGUUCUAAAGCAGCGUGAGAUGGCGCAAAAAUUGGAACGGGCACAUCUCGAGAUUAAUCGUCUGAAUUCUGUUAUUGAGAUUUACGAGAAACGCACACCAUCUACUUUGUUGAAGAAUAGUAGCUUUCUGUUGAAGACGCCAAAACCAUCAUCGGGGCAGCAGCAACAACAGCUGCAGCAGCAACAGCCUCUUGUGCGUUACAGCAAUGGAAGUAGUAACAAAUCUACUUUUCCGAACUUUUCUGAACCUGCUCCUGUGACCAAUAUGGACGUUACCCCGAAGGCAAAACCACUCCAUGAAGGCGAAGGGGAUAACGAAGCACCCAUUCCAAGCCCACGGAUUUUGCAACCGAUCUCUCCGCAGGAGGAGUCACCGCCGGUACCACAAAACUCGUCGAAGCCGAGAAAGCGCCACAGUUCGAAAAAGCGGGUCGAACUGCAGGCCGAAGAAGGCGAGGCGAAUGAAAAACCACCGGAGGAAGACCAGCACACGUAUGAUGAGGGCAUGUGCUCAGAUUUCAAUCAGUACGCGUUGGAACAGGAAGCUGAAUUCGACAAGGCCAUCGCUUCGGAGCUGUUUCGCAUGCAGACUGAAAUGACCACUGCCGGCUCGACGAAGCUACUGAAGAGCCGGUCCGUUAAAGCGUACAGUGCCACCACCGAGACAUCCUACGAGGAUGACUACGAGACGGACCAAUCGCCGGAGAAAGCGGUCCCCCAUUUGAGCGAGAUCUUUGAGCACAAGGCACGCAUCAAGGAGAUCGAGGAGCAGUACAGUCACCUGAGUUCGUCCUCACCUGCAACCACCACCAACGGAUAUUCACCGCCAAAACCGAGGGUCAGCGUGCGCGGUGGCAAGAAACAACGGUCCACAAACACUUCCGACCUGAACGAUACGGACUCAGCGGACAGCGGGGAGCGAUCGUCGGCGAAAGAUCUGGAGGCGAUGAAACAGGAAAUGCACCAGAGCAUAUUGAAGAAGGAAGCUCUGCUGGACACGUUUUGCGAAGACCUUCACGGCAAAGAGCCGAUCAAGCCACAGCUGAAUCGUCCGAAGCUGGACAACUCGAAGCGAAUACAGAUCGAUCCGAAAAAGAAACAAAACUUGUUGGAAGUGCUGAAGGCAAUCGAUGGCGACAGUUUUGACAAAUGA